AGAGUGAUUACUGAUAAACCAACCUCCACAAAGAGAUCUUCUUCAGAGAAAUGGGAUCAGGGUUGUCACGAGAUCAGGAUUUACAACAAAAUCAAGAACUACGCAACACUUCACCUCCAAGCCAACAUAAUGAUGCCGCUGUACUCAAUGAAGAACCAAGAAAGAUUAUGCGAAAAAGCAGCAAGAGUACUGAGACUAACAAGACAACGGAAGCCACCAAAGUACUCAGAUUUCCACAUAAUUAUGAAGAAAUCCUUAAAGAGGCAGAUUCUUCAGUUGACAGAUCCUCCAUAGACAAACUAUAUGAUCAGCUACAUGCUGGAGUAUUUUUGAACCAAAAACGCAAGAAAUACUGGGUUGAUAAGAAGUCAAAUGGCAACUGCUUCAUGCUGUAUGCAAGAGACCUCUUAAUCACUUGGGCAGAAGAUAACCGUUACUGGCGCUGGCCCUUGGUACAGGAGUCGAGUGAUGUGCUUCUUCCAGCAGCAGAACUACUAGAUGUUUGCUGGCUAGAAAUCCAUGGAAGAUUCAAUACAGUUAGGCUAUCUCCAGGACUCAUUUAUGAGGUUGUGUUUAUUGUCAUGUUAAAGGAUCCUGCCUAUGGAUGGGAAAAUCCGGUGAAUCUUCGACUCAUUCUCCCAGAUGGUGUACCGCAAGAACAUACGGAGAAUAUGGUGGAAAGGCCACGAGAAAAAUGGAUAGAAAUCCCAGCCGGAGAGUUCAUGACAUCAGCGGAUCAGAAGAAUGGAGAAAUAGAGUUCUAUCUAUAUGAAUAUGAAGGUGGGCAUUGGAAGAGAGGAUUAGUCAUUAAAGGUGCUGUCAUCCGUCCAAAAGCCUGAGUUCUAUGGCAUAUAAUAGGAAUUCGGCAUGCAGCUGCAGCUUACUCAACUGCAGUUUCCUUUUAGCUUUUCCACACUGAUGUUUAAGAUGAUGAGCACUACGCUAGUAUCAGAUAGUGUUCUUUCUUUUGCAUGUGUAUAUUAAGAUGCAUGUGCUAUGCAGAUAUGUUUGAAGCCUCAGACAUUUGGCGUUAAGCCCAGAACUCAAAAGUAUCAAGUGAUAUAUGUGUAAAGACAAGAGUUGACCUAUCUAGGAAAACUCUUGCAUACCAUGUGUUAAACUGGUGAAAUAAAUAAAUAAAUAAAUAAAUAACUUGUUUCCCCCCAGCAGGGAAA